AUGUCAGAUCACGAAACUUAUGAUAAUAUUGAUGCAGGAGCAUCUCAAACUUAUCCUGUACAAGCAGGUGCAAUUAAAAAAAAUGGUCAUGUUAUGUUAAAAGAGCAUCCAUGUAAAGUUGUUGAUUAUUCCACUUCUAAAACUGGGAAACAUGGGCAUGCAAAAGCACAUAUUGUAGGUAUUGAUAUUUUUACUGGAAAAAAAUAUGAAGAUAUAUGCCCAACAUCACACAAUAUGGAUGUACCAGUAGUUAAAAGAACAGAAUUGCAAUUAAUUGAUAUUACUGAAGAUGGUUUUGUUUCAUUAUUAUUUGAUAAUGGAGAUACAAAGGAUGAUUUAAGCUUACCAAAAGAUUCGGAAGGUAAUUUUGAUGAUGUUGCUAAACAAAUUCGUAAUUUAUUUGAUAGUGGAAAGUCAGUAUUAGUAAGCGUUCUUUCGGCUUGUGGGCAAGAAAAAAUCAUUGCUGCUAAAGAAAUGUCAUCAUAA